AUGGCAGAAGGUCUGAAGCCUGGCGUUCGAGAAACACCCAAGUCCUAUAUCUUCAUCAAUGGCAAGUACUGGGUCGCGAAGGACCUCACUCUGGCCAACUUUGGCGAUCUGGUGGCCGCCGAGACACCCGAAUACGACUUUACCACCGCUGUUCAGGCGGCUUACAGACCCACGGUUGAUGAGCCAAAGCCUCAGUCGGAAGGCUACGCGGAUUUCCCUUCUUUGGCCGGAAUGCGACCUCCUCCCAUGAUGCCCGCUGGCGCCAAUGUCGACCGCAAAAUCUGGGACGGCAACAACUCGAGAAAGAUUAGAAGGAAGACGAAGACUUCAUGGCGGCAGCGAUGA